UAUCAGCGUUCGCAGAAUGCAGCGAUGGACGCUUCUGCAGAUGUCCUCGUACGAAUAUGUGAACAAGAAAUCAUCAAAUAUGAUUUUGAAAUAAAAGCUUUAAUUCAGGAUGUCAGUGAAUGUACAGGACCACAAAGCAAACAGACAGAUUUACAUUUUAAAGUGAAAGAGACAUUCAACAACCUUCGACAACGGAUUCAGGAUUUGGAACAGAUGGGAAAAGAACAAGACAAAGAAUCUGACAAGCUGGACCUUCUCAAUAAAGUUGAAGGACAUCGGAAGCAAAUGCUUAGUAAUCAGACAGCUUGGAGAAAGGCAAAUCUUGCCUCUAAACUGUCCAUUGAUCAGUUGGAGAAAGAAGAUUUGUUAAAUUCAAAGAACAUGUCUGUAAGGCAUAGAAAAAUGACAAAAGAGAGUCUGGCUCAGACCUCCAGUGACAUCACAGAGAGUUUGAUGAACAUCAGUCGGAUGAUGUCACAGCAGGUUCAACAGAGUGAGGAGGCCAUGAACACACUAGCAACUUCAUCAAGAACAGUGCUGGAAACCCACGAAGAGUUUAAGGCUAUGUCAGGAACCAUACAGCUGGGCCGAAAACUCAUCAUUAAGUACAAUCGGCGGGAACUUACAGAUAAGCUGCUAAUUUUCCUGGCUCUGGCUCUCUUCUUGGCUACAGUGCUAUACAUUCUGAAGAAAAGACUGUUCCCUUUCUUUUGAGUGUGAUGACUGCUAAAUAUCUGCAUUGUUUGCAAGUGGAAUACACCUUGAAGGGAAAGUUCACCCAAUAAUGACCUUACCCUCAACAUUCUUCAAAAUUCUCAUCUUGUGUCAUAUUUCCAAGUGAACUAUUCCUUUAAAGCUUAUUUCUAAAACUGCAUGUGUCAGCACAGACUGAGAUGAUAUGAGCUUACCACAAAAAAGAAAAUCUAGUGGUAAAUCUGUAACUUCAUUAUGGUUGCAUUUCAUUCUCUUGACAUAUUUUAUUUAUGAACAUUAUUGUAUAUAUCAAAUGAUUAUAAAUAAGACUUAAUCUAAGCUGUUCCAUUAAAGAAAAGGCACUAUAAAAGCAGCUAAACGUGUUAAAUAUAAUGAAAUUGUUGGUAACAGCAUGUUUUAACUGUUUUAAGUAGGUUUAGAGACCAAAUUACCAGUGUUUGGUUACAAAAAACAUUACUGGUAAACUAGUUUUUUUUAGAUGUCAAAUAGUCAUAAUGUUAUGAAUUUUGGUGGAAUCAAUUACACGAUUGCAAAUUUUGUCUAAUAAAAAAAAUUAAUCUUUUUUUUUCAAUUAAAAUAAAAAGAAAAAUAGCCGGUAAUAUAUUUGUUCUGCAAUAUAUUUGUUCUCUUCAGAGAAGGGUUAAUUUAUGUCUAAGAAUUUAACCCUUUAUGUAGUAGCCAGCCCUCCAGUUUUCCAUGUAAAUCCCUCUAACUGGAUGCUGUCACAUGAACACCUACGGUAUGACAGGCAAAUUAGGUGAGUUAAACUCACAUCCUGGGCAGCGAUGAAGCAGCGGCUGUUAUGCUGGGCAGGAGAGAACUGGUGUAUCACAGGGGGGAAAAGCUCAGAAAAGCUAUGGCCAUAAUCAGAGUUCUACUGAUAAAGAGGCAUGCAACCCUGUCUUUCCUCCGAUAAGACCCGGAAAAGCUGAUUAUUCUAUCCCUGGUCUCUUUCUCGCUCUCUCUCUACCUUUCUCUCUCUGUCAUUCUCCUGCUAUUGUGGCUGGAGGACAAGGUCUGUUAUUUUUAGAGAUGUGUGUCUAUGUUAUCUGACUUGUUCUUUUCAACGCCUCUGAAGAGUGGGCCACUAUUAUAACUGUGUGACCUUUCUCUCUACCUCUCAGUGGCCCCAUAUUUGACUUGAAAUUAUAGUUAUAUGGUAAGUAACCUCUGUGGUAUUGCAUGCAUGCAGAUACAGCUCAGACUUUGU